UCUCAUUUAUCUUAAUCAUGGUUCGUACGACUGCACAUGCGCGUCCGAGAAUGACGCAACAACAACGGAUCCGGAAGUGCAGCGGCAGUAGUAAACACAGCUGUGAAAUCUGUGUUGCUAUCUGAAAGAUGGUGUACGUGUCCAACGGUCAGGUCCUGGACAGCAGGACUCAGUCGCCAUGGCGACUGUCUUUCCUGGUCGAUCUCUUCUGGGGAGCAGUGGAAUUCAUCAGCCUAUUUUUUAGGACAUUGGUUCAACCUAACAUGACUAAGAAAGGAAGCGGUGGUUCGUCAGGCUUCAGUGAUGGCAGAGGUCCUCCAGGUCCCCCUGGUGGCAGACGGAUGGGAAGAAUAUCCCACGGUGGAGGUCCCAAUGCUCCACCAAUGGGUGGAGGAUGAGGAAGGUAA